AUGACCUGGUUAAAGAAGGUGUAUGGACAUCAUUUGAUGGGACCCCAGUCAGUAACCUCCCGUGCCAUGUGUUUCACGGAUGAUGUGACAGAUUGUUUCUGGUUUAUUUCUGACAAAGAGGGCUGGAACUUCCACGAAGCAAACGCUCAAUGCAAAGAACAGGAUGGUGUUUUGGCUUCUGUAAAGAGUUCUGACCACUUUGAAUUCCUUAAAAGAGCAUUCGAAAACUUUACAGUGUAUACAGGGAUAGAGUCAGCGUGGUUGGGUGUUCACUUCAUCGAUGAACAGCAUCGUAAUGUGAAUGGAGACGAACUCCCAGACCGUGUUAAUGAUCUCACAAACGCUCCUGACAAUUGUUUGCAACUGUAUGUAGUCCCUGCAGAUUCUGAAGUGAAGUACCCUAGCUAUCAACAUUCGUUUCUUUCCUGUGGCAAUACUACAUCCAUGGCUGGUGUUUGCACCAAAUUAAAACAUGGUCACCGCUGGUAUACGGAGAAGAACUCUACUAGUGAUGCAUAUAUCAGGGACAUUUUGAAGAUUGACAAAUUGAAAACAACUAAGGAAGUUUUAAAACAUAACAGUGUGUUUGAUGGCCGGACCUCGUCUACAGGAAUCGGCAUUGUCGGUGUGUCUGUAAUAGUAGCUGUGAUGACGUUCAUGGUUAUCUUAGAUUGUGGUAAACGACCAAAGAUCGACAAAAAGAAAACGAGAAAGAAGCAAAAAAAUCAAACUGAACAUCAGACAGCGAAAUUGAGGGUCACAAACAAAAUAUCAAUGACAAAAGUCUAA